AUCACCCGUGCAGCAUCGGGAUGGCUUCUGGUUGAUUACCACAGGUCCUGUGCCUGUGUUUAUUUCAAGGAAUGAUCGGUUUUACCUGAGCCUAUGGUUUAAAUUGGGUCGCUCCCUGUUCACGACGUAAAUUAGGCUUGUGGCCAUGGCAUCUCUGUAUCCUUUUCUUUUGCUCUUGUUGAUGUUUCCUGAGUUUGGCGGAGCACAAACAACAGUUUGGAGGUUUUGACCAACGUGGCAAGUGCCUCAGUUUCAAUCUGGAAAUUCUUUAAAUGAAACCUGUUUAAAAUCUUAGGCCAUACACAGAAGAGAGACCCCGGUCAACAAAAAGGUGGAAAAGAAUGACGUUGUCCUUAAAUAAUCUGCAAAAUGUCAUCUACAACCCGAUAAUCCCCUAUGUUGGGACCAUUUCUGAGCAGUUGGAGCCUGGAACUUUGAUUGUACUACGUGGGCAUGUUCCCAGUGACUCAGACAGGUUCCAGGUGGACUUACAGUGUGGCAACAGUGUGAAACCACGAGCGGACGUGGCCUUUCAUUUCAAUCCACGCUUCAAAAGGGCCAACUGCAUUGUUUGCAAUACCCUGAAAAAUGAAAAGUGGGGAUGGGAAGAGAUCGUCUAUGACAUGCCUUUCAAGAAAGAGAAAUCUUUUGAGAUUGUUAUUAUGGUGCUGAAAGACAAAUUCCAGGUGGCUGUUAAUGGAAAACAUACCCUGCUCUACAGCCACAGGAUCAGUCCAGAGAAGAUAAAUACGCUGGGCAUCUAUGGCAAAGUGAUCAUCCACUCCCUGGGUUUCAGCUUCAGCUCGGAUUUAAAAAGUACCCAAGCAUCUACUCCAGAACUGACAGAGAUAAGCCAAGAAAAUGUACAAAAGUUUGACGUGUCACAGUUUCCUAGUAAUAGAGGAGACAUUUCUAAAAUCGUGCCCAGAACUGUCUACACCAACAGCAAAGGUUCGACGGCCAAUCACACUGGCACCAAAAUACUACCUACCAACUGUUUGUCAAAGACUCUGCCAUUCGUCGCAAGGUUGAACUCCCCAAUGGGCCCUGGCCGGACUAUCGUCAUAAAAGGAGAAGUAAAUACAAAUGCCAAGGGCUUUAAUGUUGACCUGCUAUCAGGAAAAUCCAAGGAUAUUGCUCUUCACCUGAACCCACGCUUGAAUGUUAAAGCAUUUGUAAGAAAUUCUUUUCUUCAGGAGUCCUGGGGAGAAGAAGAGAGAAAUAUUACCUGUUUCCCAUUUAGUCCCGGGAUGUACUUUGAGAUGAUAAUUUAUUGUGAUGUUAGAGAGUUCAAGGUUGCAAUAAAUGGUGUACAUAGCCUGGAGUACAAACACAGAUUCAGAGAGCUCAGUAAUAUUGACACGCUGGAGAUCGAUGGCGACAUCCACUUACUGGAAGUAAGAAACUGGUAGCUGGCACGACUGCUGCUAAAACUGAAAUACAGAAUGACUUCGUAACACUGGCCUUGUUACAGUGCAUCUCACUACCACCACACGGCUUCUGUAUAUUGUUAGAACAAGCUUGCAAAAUCAUAACCGAGUCCUCCCGGUAUCCUCAGUCCUCACCAUGCAGUGUGGCUCUGUCUAGUGCAGAAUGAGGAAAUGGGAAGCAACAGCUUACAGUCAUUAUUAUAACAGGCCUUUCUGCUCCCCCCGCCCCCGCCACCCCCUGGCCUCUCUUUAAACCCACUUCACAUUCAAGUAUUUACUAAGUGCCUCCUGUGACACAGCAGCCACCCUGCAUUGAGCACUAAUCUUUCACCAGCUGGGGACAGACAGCGGUGCAUGAAACCUCUCUGUUUUGUUCCGUUGAGCUCAGAACCUUCUGUGCUUUGCCACUGCUCCACCAUUUUAUUUCAGGUACUACACCAUCUCACCAGGGACUUCAAAGGACACUAAUUUAUAGGUGACACAACUUCUCUUCCACUGCUGGCUCUCAACCCAGGGUUCCAGGAGAUCCCAUAACUCAAAGGAUUGACAGUGACUUAAAUCUGGCGAUUUUCAUUAGCAUAAUAAAUAUCUAGCUCUACUAGCUGUAAGUAUUACCAAAUAAUUAACAAAAAUUAAGGCAAAAAAACAAAGCAAAACCAAACCAAACUGUGUGGAGAUGAACCACAGUGGUGUUGAUGUCAAUCUCGAGGCCACUGGUUUCUGUACCAGUAAAUGGUUGCUUUAGAAUGUUGGUUGAAUCAAAGUUCGGCACAUACACUACAAAAAGUACGGUAGAUGCAGGAUGAAUUUAAUUUGUAGAAUGUUUGCGGGUAACAAAACAAUGUCAAGAUUAGAUUUAAUGACUUUAUAAAACGGGCCCUAUUAGAAGGUAAAAUAUACCAGCUGAGACCAGCAAAGCAGAAGCAGCGUAAACGCCUGCUGCUGUCGACUGCAUGCGACCCAGCACUGCCUCUGCUCUUCUAAAGACGAGUCCAUCGUCCUCAGGGACUGAGAUCAAAACACUGUUUUAAGUGAUUAAAAUCAAACCUGUAACAGCAAGUUAA